GGUGUCUUACAACAUUUUACUUCCUUCCAGACAGACCGACACGAACAACCCAAGAAAGAAGACGUUGAUAACUUUUUAACGGUGUAAUCCUCUGUCGUGUUCGAUCUUAGUUUAAUUGUAAUAAUUCCUACAGAUCUCGAGACAUGCGGUCGAUCGUGUCUGGAUAUUAAAUAAUUAUUGAAACACGAAGACUGCAAAGCGUGGGCCUCUGAAGAAAGUUUGUGCGAGGGCCUGUAAACAACAUGUCUUCCGCCUCGCAGGCAUCCUCUAGACGGCAAUGGUGCUACCUUUGCGAUCUCCCCAAGAUGCCGUGGGCAAUGCUGUGGGAAUUCAGCGAGGCGGUAUGUCGCGGAUGUGUGAAUUACGAUGGUGCGGACAGAAUCGAGCUUCUAAUAGAAACUGCCAGGCAAUUAAAAAGCACCCAUGGGGUUUUAGACGGGAGGUCUCCCGGACCACAGCAAAGCAAACCCACCUCGAGUGGGCCAAUGGAAGGGGGGCGCCAGCAUUCAGAACGUAUAGACCGGGGGAGGGGAGAGUAUGGGGUCUCCUCUUCUCGUCUUCCCAAUGGUCUGCACAGAGCUGAAGAUGUGGCCAUAUCAGAGGGAAGCAGGCAAAGCCCCAAUCCUCGAAGGGCAAUAGUUGGAGCAGUUUCUACUCUACACGGAUCUAUCCCUCAUGCCUUGCUGGCACAAGGGUUAGUAGGAGCUCCUCAUGGUCUAUUAGCCCCACUAGGAAGCUCCAGGGCUGGAGCCCCAUCUAUUGCUGUCUCAGCUGGACCUAUAAUGGGAGAGUCUGGCAGAAGACAAGCUGUGUCCUUGGGUGUGGGGCCUAGUUCAUCUACCUUGGUGGGUCUGGAUGCUGGGGUCUGGAGAAAUGGUGAAGUAAUGGCUGAGCUGGCAGAGAGCGCCCGCAGUAAAGCUGAAGGCUGGCCCAAUCGCCCAAAAGCAGUACGAGAUGUCCUCGUGACCCUCAACGGCUGUGUCCCGUUCAACGUGCGUUUUAGGAAAGAUCAUAAUUUAAUAGGGCGCGUUCUGGCCUUUGAUGCCAACACUACUCCCGAUUUUGAGCUGAAAGUUUUUGCAGAGUAUCCCUGCGGCUCCGGAAUCGUGUACUCCCAGAUCCCAGACCUGGUCAGGCAGAUGUUCCGCGACUCGGCCAAGGACGCCGGGAAAGCGGUGAACUCUGGGCUGCGCUACGUCGAGUACGAGAAACGCCCGGGCACCGGCGACUGGCGUGGACUCACCGAGCUGCUGAACGACGGCGUGCGUCUGUUCAAGGAGCCCCCGAUCCAGGAGGUGCUGCCACAGCCCUACCCCGAGGCGGGCAUGCCCAUGGCCACCGCCGGGCGACCGGUGCCUCCCAAGGGUGCGGCGCGCCGACGCAAGGCCUCACCGGGCUCAGAGAACGGAGAGGGUGAGGGCGCGCGCCCCGAUCACCCGUCUAGAGAGGCCUGGCAGCGCAGCGCCUACCAGGGCAUGGAGCCCCUCCCGGGCAUGGCCGCCCCUCAGGAGGGCGCCCCGCCUCGCCUGCACAGCCAACCCUCGCCCAUCUCUUCACUGAUGGGCGUCGCUGACAGCCUGAGCUCCAACCAGAUGUCCCGAGAGAGCCCGGGCAUGUCCGCAGCACACUCCUCCUCCUCGGCCAACCGCCCUGCCAGCGGCAGCCCCUCCACGGCCUCGGGCUCCCAGGCGUCACUGGGGCAGGGAGGGAGCCAGGUUGGCGCCGGCAGCAGUAGCUCCGCAGCAGGAGAGCCAGGAAUAGGCGCCCAAGGUGCCUUGCUCUGCUGCACCCUCUGCCGCGAGCGACUAGAGGACACCCACUUUGUCCAGUGUCCCUCUGUCCCACACCACAAGUUCUGCUUCCCGUGCACCCGUGCCUCCAUCCGCAGCCAGGGUCCCGGCGGGGAGGUGUACUGCCCCAGCGGGGAGCGCUGUCCCCUGUCCGGGUCCACCGUGCCUUGGGCCUUCAUGCAGGGAGAGAUCUCCACCAUCCUGGCUGGUGAUGGAGAUGUGACGGUGAAGAAGGAGAGUGACCCUUGACCUCCCAGCCCUGCAGUGGUGAAUGGUAAAAACACGUGGCUCGGAAAACGACAACUUAGAAAGCACUUCCUGAAUUUCUCGAGCAGAAGUCCACUUGGCUGCAGUACAACAUAUGUGCCCCUGAGCUGAAAGGAAACCAGAAAUAUCCCGAACCUUUCCCACAAAAACAACCAGACUGACGGCUCUGGGAAGUGUUCCUUUUCUUUUGUUGUAUUUCUUUUUUUAAACAAUGGAAUCUCUUUUGAGUAAGGACAGGCGUCUGUUUCCGUAGGGGCUUACCUCACGUCACAACAUCGCUCAUGCAUUUAAAGGCCUACUGCAAAGGAUUAAAGGAGAGACAUUUUCUACAGGAUCGUUGUUCCAGCCAGGCCAUGUAUCUCCUCUUGUUCCCUCAGAAGCCCUGGAUUGAAAGCGCAGGGCGUAUGUUUAAAAAUGACAAUCUGUUUAUUGGUUUGUUUGUUGUUUUUGUUUCCAUUUUGUUCAUGUACUUUUGUAUACUGUUCUCUGCAAAUGAAUGACACCAAUAUUGAUUGUACGUGGUGUGAAAGAAAUUACAUUAUUCAUACCAGACACUGAGUGAAUGUCCAAAAAAAUAUGGUAAAAUUAUUAGGUCCUUUUUAAAGCCAAGGGUUUAAAAAACAAAUGUAAUCACAUCUGACGUAUGUGUCUUUAUUACCUAUAUAUUGUAUGUCAAAUGUGAAUUUACUUUCAAUGGCUACCAUGUAAUUUCUAUUUUUGAUACAAUACAAAUUUAUAUGUAUUUGUUUAUAGUAAGUGAUAAGAAGACCAAAGAUGGCUUCGUGUGUAAUUUUAUUGUAUCGUAGCCGUGUAUUCUGUAUUCAGAUAACCUUGGCAACAGUCACUAAUUUCUUCACCUACUAUACUAGUCAGCUUGUAUUUGUCUUUUUUAUUCUAUAUAUAGAUUAUAUAUAUAUAUGGUAAGAUAAUUAGCACCACAAUCGUCAAUGGUUAAUUCACAUACUCAUGUGACCAUAAAAGGUCAAGUCUAUAAUAAAUUACAGACUAGUUAGCAGUUAUGGCUUUAUUCGGCUGCAAAAAAACAGUUCAGAUGUGUAUCAAAUUGCAUACUUUUAUUUGCAAAUGUUGUAGUUUAUGCUACGCAAUUUAAACCCACCCCCAGUUUAUUUUAAACACCAUACCACAGGUAACCAGUUUUGUAAACACAAUGUGCUUGAAUAGCAAAAGUAUGCUGUGCAAACUUAAAGCUGAUGACACUAUUUCUUGGUAUGAUAUGCAUAAUCUGCACACCAACGUCAAUAUGAUGAAUACAUAUGUGUAGAGAAAAUAUUAAUUACCUUUUUUUUAUAUUGUGGCACAAUGUACUAACCGUGCAUAUUCUUAAACAAAAUUUAAAUCUGUAAACAUU